AUGAAUCCCUUCGCCACCUCUGACAACAAUAAUAAUACCAACGGACCUCCACCUGACCAUGAACCGACUGCAUCGACGUCAAUAGAUCUCACGGGAGAUGACUCAGGUGAUGAUGAGUCAACCCGAGUCAUCAAUAGAAAAGGUGAAUCGGGCAUCGCCUCAAGCGCUUUGACCUCUUCUCCCUCGAGUGACCACAAUACUCAGCAUAAUCGAAAUACCGCCGGACGUUCGCACGGACCUUUUUCAUCCUUCACAACAUCGUCUGCACAUCCAUUCCAUCCUCGAUCUCAACCUUCUUCUUCCUCCUCCUCUUCUUCUCCAGCAUUCGACUCUAAUGGCAUAUCAUAUACCGGAUCUAACAUCAAUAUGACAACACCAACACCCAUAGCGGGUCCCAGUAAUCCCUCCUACCCUAAUAAUGGAUUUGGUCAAUACGCAAAUCCCAAUAUACCUCCUCGUCAAAUCUCAUCAUCUUCAACAGUAACCGGAUGGCCCCCUAACAGUGGUAACGCAUUCAUCAACCCAUCUUCUUCUUUUAAUCAACCUCAACCUCAACCUCAAUCUCAUCAAAUUGGAGUGAAUGGUAUCCCAAACACGUCCGGUAAAGAUGCCUCUUCAGCUAUAGAUCUUACAAGUAGAAAUAUACCUUCACCACCACCGCAAAGUAACGACAAGAGACCGAUUUGUAUAGGUGCACUGUGGUCGCAGGCUAUCAUGCUUUACCCUUGUCCUGCGGUCAUCGUAGGUGCUCAAUCGCCUCCGGAGAGCAGAGAGAAAUAUGAUGUGGUCAAUUACAAAGGAGCGGAAUUACUUAGAGUCAAAUUGAAGCAUCGAGCAGCUGGAACUCCAGCAAGGAAAGGUGAACCGAAUAAUUUAUUGAUAAGGGAUACAAUACAGGUUUUGACUCCCGGUCUCACCACUUUUGUGGGCGAUCUUGAUGCUGCUGCUGCAGAUCCACUGGGAUCACUUAUGCAGAGGGGUUUGGUCAGGCUAGAAGGGUUCGUUCAAAGGGUCCAGCCGGAAGUCCACCAUUUCGCCGUUCGAAUCAAUGUCCUGCUUUUCACCUUACCGUCAAACAUACAGUAUAUCGCGAAUAUGCUCGCCACCCUGUCGCUAUACCUACAAGACCCCGUACCGCCCUAUGAACCCUCUCGACAUUCCGAACAACCUCGUUAUGAGAAUGCGCACGGUGGCGGUCAUUUUGCUGCGCAGAUGGCGAUCUACGCUCAAAGAAGGGCAAUGAUGAGUGGGUCGGGCUACGGGAUGGUCUUUGCGGACAAAGAAAGGGAAAAGGCUACUCAGGUUGAAGUGCAGAGAAAGCAAGUCGACGAGGUGUUCAAGAGUCUGGAUAAUGGUGGAGAGCUGGAGCAAAGCGAUCCAGGUCCCCUUAUCAAAACCAACUUGUUCCCUCACCAACGUCGUGCUUUGACGUUUUUCCUGCUACGUGAACAAGACUCGUCAUGUCUCAAACAAGCAAAGAAGAAUGCCAAGAAGGUGCUGAAAAAGGUGAAGUCCGAGUCAAGUGCGGAUGCUACCACAGCGGACGAGGUGGAAAAGAGCAAGGAAAAGGAGAAAGAGAAGGAGAAAGCAGACGAUCCUAGAUCUCUGUGGGAGGGUAUCAGGGACGAAAAGGGGAAAGUGCGAUCAUGGAAGAAUAAGAUUACAAAUGAAGAAAUACGAGCGAGGAAAGGGGAGAGACCGGAUGAUAGUAAAGGUGCCAUCUUAGCGGAUGAUAUGGGUCUGGGUAAAACCCUUUCCGUCGUAUCGUUGAUCGCAGCCACACGAAGCUCGGCUCAUGAUUGGGCGAAGAGUAAGAUCGAGAAAUUCGAAUCUACGCCCGCCGAAUCUGAGAGAGACGAUAGCGAUGUCAUAUCAUCCUUUAAAACCAAAGUGUUCGGUAUGCCUGAUAUCGACGCGGAACUCACGGAUAACAAAGGGAAGAAACGAAAACGAGAUGCGGACAUCAGUAAAGCUCUUUCUGCUCGUCGAUCACGUAUCGCCGUUAAAUCCAAAGGGACUUUACUAGUCUGUCCGAUGUCAACUAUAUCGAAUUGGGAAGACCAGAUAAAAGAACAUUGGAAUGGUCCAGUCGAGAUCGUUGGUGGAUCAGCUGGUGUGAUGCCCCCAAAGGUGAUCGAGAGGAAAUGGAGACCUCCAAAAGCUGAUGGUGAAGACUCAUCAGACGAUGAGCUGUUGGAGGACUUUGACGUCCUCAAAGUGUAUAUCUAUCACGGCCCAAGUAGGAGACCAGACCCUCAAUUCAUCUCUGAAUUUGACGUCGUCAUCACAUCAUAUAAUACCCUCGCCAAUGAGUUCUCAAAGCAGUCAGGAAACGAAACUGAAACAAAUACACCGUCUGAAACAGCAGAGAACAGUGGAGAGGAGGCUGAAAUGACAGCAGAUGCGUCUUUGAAUGGUCGUCCCACCAAGCCGGAAGUGGAAGCCGAGAUUAAAGCUAUGGAAGUAGCUGCGCGAAUGAAGUCAACCAAGAAAGGAAAGGGCAAGCCAAAAGUCGUCAUAACGGAGACUAGUCCUUUACAAGCAAUUGAUUGGUUCAGAGUAGUUUUGGACGAAGCUCAUUAUAUCAAAACCGCUUCUACGGUAGCCUCACAGGCGGCUUGUGCUGUCGAAGCCGAUCGACGGGUAGCUCUUACCGGUACGCCUAUCCAGAACAAGAUCGAGGACGUGUGGGCUCUCUUCAAAUUUCUUCGAGUCAGCCCAGUCGAUGAUAAAGACGUCUUCACGCAAUAUAUAUCCUCACCAUGUAAAUACGGAGAGCAGAUUGGUGUUGCUCGGCUGCAACUUGUCAUGCGUUGCUGCACCCUGCGUAGGACGAAGGAUUCAACUGCGGAAGAUGGUAAGAAGAUACUCAACCUCCCACCGAGAAAAGAAGUGCAGCUCUGGCUUGAACUGCGUGAAGAUGAGAGAAAGGUCUAUGACGAGCGAGCGUCGGCAGCCAAGGAUCGUGUAGGCGAAUUGAAGAGGAAGAAUGAGCUUGGCAAGAACUACGCGAAUAUGUUACAAGAGGUGUUACGAUUACGACAAAUCUGCAAUCACGUUGAUCUUGCCAUGAGCGGAUCAGUCGAGGAAGAUUAUGAUGGUACGAUUAUGGAUUAUCAAGUUGCUGUGCAAGGUAUAGAUCGAAAUGGGCUGAACCAAGCGAGAGCGGUAGCUGUCUGUUGUUAUCUCAAGGAAGGUGCUGGAGCAUUAUGCUCUGGAUGUGGAGUGGACUUUGGGGAUUAUUUCCCUGAUAUCGGUUUAGGCGGUGUAGAAGAGUUUGCGACUAAAGAUGAGAAAUCCAAGGGGAAGAAAUUCACUUCCAAACCUGUUUUAACGAAAUGCUUGCAUUUGUAUUGCCCGGGAUGUUUCAAAUCUCAAGUUUAUUCCGAUUAUACGAAGAAGCUCAAAUCGACCGUCGCUCGAGCUUGCGGAGCUUGUAAUGCCAUGCUUCGAUUGCCAUCGGAUAUCAUCGAGGUCACUCCACCUGAUACCGAAGCUUCAAAUGAGGUUAUAACGGAUCAACCCAAACGAGCGGCUAGGAAGAAAUACGUCCGACCUCCUGGCGAGAAACCCAAUCUGUCAACGAAGAUGCAGUAUCUCCAUGAUGAGCUGUUGACCCUUUCCAAGAGGAAUCCGAAUUCACCUCAUUAUGAUCCGUUUGCUGGGGAUGAUGAGGAUGGGAUAGAAGAGUUGGAUAAUGAGGGGAAACCGUUAGUCACGAAAAGUGUAGUUUUCUCUCAAUGGACGACGAUGCUGGAUAGAAUAGCAGAUAUGUUGGACGAAGCGAAUAUCCGAUAUGCACGAUUGGACGGUACGAUGACUCGAGAAGAACGAUCGAGAGCUAUAGAUGCGCUGAAAUACAAGAAACAAGUUGAGAUCUUAUUGGUAUCCACUCGAGCUGGAGGAGUGGGAUUGAAUCUGACUGUAGCAUCGAGAUGUUAUCUGGUUGAUCCAUAUUGGAAUCCUUCAGUUGAAAGUCAAGCUAUUGAUAGAAUACACCGAAUGGGUCAAACACGACCUGUCUUAGCUGUUAAAUUGAUGAUCAAAGAUUCGAUAGAAGAGAAAUUGGAUAAGAUCCAGAAGAAGAAAGCGAACUUGGCUCAAUUGUCUCUUAAGAAUAUGACCAGGAAGGAAUUGAUGGCUCAGAAGACCGAAGAAUUGGCUGAUCUGUUCAGCUAA